CCGUAAUACUGGUGGCAUGUUGGUUUAAUGAAUUUCCCUGCUUGUUCAAUUCUUCCACGAAGAUCAUGAGAGAAUCCAAUUUGAGCAAUAAUCUCAUUCCUUCAGGAGACCACCAGACCCCGGCUCCCAAGACAAAGAAUAGACGGGAACAUUAAAUCACAUAAAGCGGAGAUCAAAGUUAAAGGAAAUACUAUGUGACAAUCGUACAGAUUUAGAAGCGAGUUCAAAAGAAUGUGAUAAUCCAAUUUUAAAUGCACACAUCUCCGUUAGUUGAGGCAUUUGAGGAAUCUGUGAAUUUAGCUUUUCCAAAUAAGUGUAUACAAUUGUUCAUUGUGCGAGAAUAUGGUGGCAUGCACCCGGCCGAUAUUAGUCACCUGGGCAUUAUUGGCAGAACUCGUAACGAAGCACACAAUUUUCUUCCAAACACGUCAAAUUGAUUGUUUUUGUUUAAACGCAGGGUUUAUCACAUCACGUUGUACCACAUUCUACACCUUGCCGCUUGGAAAUUGGCCAAGCUUGUGUCUGGUGUCAAGCUAGCCUGAACAGAUACUUUCAGACAUCUAAUUUCUUCACCUCAUUCCUGAGUCGGGACUGCCGCCCACCCCUUGUGUAAGCAAUUUAAACCUGAUAGCAGACGCUCAUCUGCCUAUCUCUGGACUGCAAAUCUUUGAUCGACUCUUGCGAUUCUAUACAUUCUCAUUGUCAUAGCUAAAGGAUUGUUAUGGUUUUUACGCACAUAAAUUCGUUCAUCCUGUAAAACAUCGUAUGAUCAUAUUUUAGCCUACAGAGCAUAACUUGAUUUGAUUUGUGCAAUUGAAAACCUUUAGACUCCUGUCUGGCGCGCGCCUGUGUUCUUUUCUAUCCAUGGAAGUGCUCCGUACAGGUGCCUGAAUGUGCACGCAGACAACACGUUAGUAAUAUGAAAUUAUUGCCAAGUGGAAUAUGUUUUUAUUUAUCUGUAGCAGUCUGCUGGUUUACGUCAAGGGUCGACGGAUCUUGGUGGUACAUGGGCACUCUCGGGUCCCAAGUGAUGUGCGACAAUAUCCCCGGGUUAGUCAACAAACAGCGGCAGCUGUGCCGCCAGCAUCCCAACAUAAUGCAGGCGAUCGGAGCCGGGAUUAAAGACUGGAUCGGGGAAUGCCAGCAUCAGUUCCAGAAUCACCGCUGGAAUUGCAAUACCAUUCCGAGAGACCACAACGUGUUCGGACGCCUACUCCUACGAAGCAGUCGAGAAGCUGCCUUUGUGUACGCCAUCUCCUCGGCCGGGAUGGUCCACACGCUGACCCGGGCCUGCAGCCAGGGAGAGCUGCAGUCGUGCUCCUGUGACCCCGCCAAGAAGGGCUCGUCCCGGGACGCCAAGGGAGCGUUCGACUGGGGUGGCUGCAGCGACCACGUGGAGCACGCCAUGCGUUUCAGCCAGGCCUUCGUAGACGCCAAGGAGAGGAAGGAGAGAGAUGCCAGGGCUCUGAUGAACCUGCAUAACAACCGAGCCGGGAGGAAGGCAGUGAAGCGGUUCAUGUCCCUGGAGUGUAAGUGUCAUGGCGUCAGUGGAUCCUGCAGCGUUCGGACCUGUUGGCUGGCACUGGCCGACUUCCGGCAAACGGGCGACCACCUGAGGCGCCGCUAUAACGGGGCCGUGCAGGUGGCCAUGAACCAAUACGGCACAGGCUUCACCGCGGCACAGCGACUCUUUAAACGUCCCGGCAAGAAUGACCUUGUCUACUUCGAGGACUCGCCUGACUACUGCAUACAAGACCCGGAGUCUGGGUCAGCAGGAACAGGAGGGCGGGUGUGUGACCGGACGUCUCGCGGCGUGGACAGCUGCGAGGUGAUGUGCUGUGGGCGGGGUUACGACACGUCGCGUGUCAGCCGCACCACCAAGUGCGAGUGCAAGUUCCACUGGUGCUGCGCCGUGCAUUGCCGGGACUGCCACCAAGAGGUGGACGUGCACACCUGCAAGGCCCAGACGUGACCGCGGUGAACCCCCAGACAACGGAGCCCUAUUCUGUAUAUAGUGCAUUAACCCGCGGGCCAAAUUAGGGCACUAAAUGGGAGCAGGGCGCCGUUUGGAUGUGGCGUCAGAGUCAAUGUGACUUGCACUUAAGAGAAAACCGGGUUUAACCACCCUGUAGACUAAUCCACCAAGAACACCUUUUUACGGUCCAGUUAACCAACAUCAAUUUGUUCUUCCUUCACAUUCCAUUAUAUUUAUUUACUGUUUCUUUGAGUACCAAAAAAAAAAACAUUUCUGAAAUGUAUUCAAAUUUUUAUGUAAAUACAAACGAUGUAAUUUAAAUAAAGUUUAGUGUAUAGUUUAUGGAAACUGUUAAUAAAGCAGACCUGACCACAUUCAAUGUACCUAAUCAG